CAGGACCAUCUGUUGAUUUCUGACUUUUAUCUGAAAAAUGAUUCUUGUGCUGCCAAGACUAUAUAUUGGUAGCAUAAAUGAUGUUGCAGAUGUACUGCAUUUACAGAAAGCUGGCAUCACCCACAUACUUACUGUAGACAGCGUACAACCUGAUCUAGCUUUGUUUCAGACAAAGUUUGUUAAAUUGUUGGAUGAUUCCAGUGCAGACAUUUUGAGUUGCUUGCCUGAGUGUCUAAACUUUUUGAAGGAAGCAUUGGUAACACCUGAAUCAUCUGCUCUUGUUCACUGCCAUGCUGGAGUUAGCCGGAGUGCUGCUGUAGUUAUAGCUUACCUGAUGAACACAACAAGAUGUACCUAUGAAGAGGCAUACAUACGAUUACAAGAUGCAAAAUCUGAUAUUAAAAUCAAUGACGAGUUUGUAAACCAACUAGAAAUUUUUGACGCUAUGGGUUGUGAAGUGGAUAUGAGUAGUGCAAUUUAUAAACAGUACCGACUGCAGAAAAUAACAGAAAAAUACCCUGAACUGCAAAACUUACCACGUGAAGUGUUUGCUUUGGAUCCUAGUUCUAUAGCUCAGACUACAGAGGUUCUCUAUCGCUGUCGGAAAUGCAGACGUUCUUUAUUCCGCGCAGGAAGUAUUUUAGAUCACUCCUUAGGGGCUGGACCUGUGGCGUUUGCUCAUAAAAAAUUGGCUAUACUAAAUAGCUCAGACUCUGCCAAAUGCACCUCACACUUUGUAGAGCCUGUGCAAUGGAUGGAGGAAAGUCUUUUGGGAAAAAUGGACGGACAGCUCCUCUGCCCCAAAUGUCACUCAAAAUUGGGCUCAUUCAACUGGUAUGGAGAGCAAUGUUCUUGUGGUCGGUGGGUGACUCCAGCAUUCAAGGUUCAUAAGAAUAGAGUUGAUGAGGUGAAGCCUUUGCCUAUCUGUGGAAGGUGAUACGUUCA